AUAAAGAUUUCAAUAAAGAUCAAACAUCGCGAGAAUUUUCGAGAAAACAUCUCUAAUUCAGUUUUUUCCCUCUUACAGCUUUUGAAGGUUUCUGCUCCUCCAUGAGGAAGCAGAUGACGAGGAGAAGAAGAAGAAAGAAGAAGAAAAUAUCAUUUCUAUAGCGCCUCUCAAGAUAAAAAUCACGAGGCGCUUCACAAAAACAAGAGGAAGGUGGUCCCACCAACCCCUUGACUCCCACCUGCCUGUAUGGAGGAUGUGGUUCUGCAUUAUCAGUCUGGAUCAGCAGACCAGCUCAGCUGUCUGUUAGAAAGGACAGAAAAGCUUCUGAAGCCUUUCACCUGUCGGAGCCCCCCAGCCUUCAGCCCCUGGUUCCCCAUCUCCACAGCAGCCCACCGGCUGCCCAUCAGACCUGCUAAACCUGCUCCUGUCAUCACCUCGGGGGAUUUCCUCGCUGGCACAGAAUCCCAAAACAACAUCAUAAAGCAAGUCUGUGCAGAAACUCCACCAGAUGAUCCAAAAUCAAACAAAGACCCUCUCUUUGUCUCAGAAACCCCAAACAGUCUUCUCUUAGUGAAAGAAACCACCCCAACGUCUCCAGGAAAACAACCUCAGAUGGACAGAGAUGCUUCACCAAUCAGACGGUCCUGGAGCGUCUUCACACAGAGACGGGUUCUGCUGCAAAACCCACAGUCUCUUUCCAGACAGUUUGAUCACAUGGUGUCCGUCCAUGGGCUGCACCUCCGCCAGCGGGCCAAGUGGGUCAUCACCCAAGACAACUGCGGGGACAUCGAAAAGGUGUGGCGCUCUCUGAGCCGGUCUGUGCAGAGCUCCAGGCUGCCGACGUGCAACGCCAACAUCCAGAGGGAGCGGGCGGAGAUCUGGGUGUUCUGUGAUCUCCUGUACUCGGAGCAGGUGGGACGACACCUGAAGGAUGAGCUGAAACUGGUGGGAAGAGUCAGCCUGUCGGUUCAUAAACUGGGAAACAUCUUCAGCAUGUAGAGGAGGUCCAGCUGGAAGCAUCUGCCGAGAUGCAACACAUCAUCUGGUCCGAUGGGAUUCCUGUUAACUUUAUUUUCUCUCUAAGUGUUUUUCUCCCCAGAAGAAGCUACAAUGAUGUUCUGCUGAGCUGUGGUGGCCUCAUGGAGGGGGCCAUCGACUAGCACACUGCUGCUAACCACUUAAACAUUCUCCCUCUCCUGAUAAUAACUUUUUACUCUCUUUGACAUUGAAUGUGCUACCACUAGUUUACCCGUUUAAUUAUAGAUUCACUAGGAUAAAUACAAUAAAGUUUAUCUCUCACCAAAUAGAAUAUUUACUAAGAAAUCACAAUAUAACUAUAGAAACACUACUUUGUUUGUGUGUGUGUGUGUGUGUGUGUGUGUGUGUGUGUGUGUGUGUGUGUGUGCGUGCGCGUGCGUGCGCGUGCGUGUGUGUGUCUGCUCUGUCUUCUCGAUCCCCAGUGAGUCGUGGUGGAUGGCUGCUUAUACUGAGCCAGGAUCCUCUGGAGGUUUCUUCCUGUUAAAAGGGAGUUUUCCUCUCCACUGUCGCUGCAUGCUUGCUUAGUAUGAGGAUUGCAUCAAGUCACUGACACUAGUCAGUGACUUGAUGCAAUUUGCUGGGUUCCUUAUAUAGGAAACAUUAUUUCUGAUUGGCUUAAUGAACUGACCUGAAUUGGAAUGUUUAUUAUGUGAAGUGCCUUGAGACGACUCUUGUCGUGAUUUGGCGCUUUAUAAAUAAACUUGAAUUGAAUUGAACUGUGAUUGCUUCAGUAAUAACACGACUCCAGACCCUACAAAAGCCACAUGCUGUGAUUUCACUGCUUUUUGCCUUCUCUGAGAACAAUCGUUUCAUCUGUCUCAUUCAAAGAAGUCUGAUGAAAAACUGCAUGACUGUUCAGACUGAGGGUGCUUUAAAUAUCACCAGAUCCGGAUCUGAUUUAGCGCCAUAAAUGAAAGUCUCUGAUUAGAAAACAAUCUGACUGUGAAAUGGGCCACUUGGACAUAAUCCACACAUUCACUCAUAGUAAUGAAUUAUCUACAGAUCAGGACAGCUUUAGGGUUUGGUGCUGAGACACUGAAUGCAGCAACGAGACAAAAGUCCAACAAAGACAAACUACAAUAGGAACCAACGCCACCAUGGCCGUAAAAACAGAGGCUUCUUUAACCCAGCCGUCUCGGUUUGCUGGGCUGUUUUAUUCAUGUGAGGAGUGUUUAGUCUGCGUUUUUAUUAUUAAUGAUUCUGAAAUGCACCUCGAGUGGUUUGAAAAUGGCUUCCUUGCUGAGAAUAUGUAGAUAUUCUAAUCCUAAUCAUAAAACUCCAUCAGGGAAAAAGCCUGUGUACUUCUGGAUCAGAGUUUCAUGUUUAUUUAUUUAUUUUUUUAUACGUUUUAACAUUUUUGAUGCUGAUUUGUUUAAUGGAGGGGGGAGGGACCCUCAAGCAGAAUCAUCUAUAUGGGUCAAGUCUCUUGUGUAUUUAUGAAUUUGGUUUCAGAUGUCGGUGUUUGUGUAUUUCAUUCUGAGGCUAACGUCUGUGGUUUGAAUAAAUAUUAAUAUUUUUCAUAA